AAAAUGAGAUAAUCCUUGGCUUUGGUAUGCAGGAUGUCGGAAGCACCAUUUAGACCACGUGAAAAGCUUUUUGAGAAGCAAAAAUAUUUCCAGAAUAUUCCCAAGCAUACCUACUUGAAGGGACCCAUGGAUAAGGUUACAUCUGUGGCCAUACCUCUGGCUUUGGCUGCAUCAUCACUUUAUCUGAUUGGACGAGGGAUCUAUAAUAUGUCGCAUGGAAUUGGAAAGAAAGAAUGACCUGGGAAUUUCGAAUUGAGGAGGUGGCUAUUUGCGACACAAAACAACCAUAGCCUCCUUAAUAUGGACCACUGGUUACCCUUGCAUUUAUGUUUGUUCUCUUAAUAAAAUUUCUUAGUUGCAGAUUUUGACUGCCAUUGGGGUUUAUAACUUUGAUAACAAAGUGUCAGUUGUAGUUUUUAUAAAAUCAAAUUGGGUGGAAUUGGCUCA